UUGUUUUAAUAAAGUUUUAUGAUCGACCACUUGAGCUUAAUUUUUGUACACAGAGAACGCGAGAACAGUGUGAUACGACCACAAGUUGCGACUCGUCCGUAAAACGGAUAGAAAAAGUUAGAAAGGGCAUGCGCACUAUCGGACAUAUCGCGACACGCUACUGCACGCGACCGGCACAACCGGCAUUGUUUUUGAGAGUCCGUUUAGAGCUGCUUAUGUGUUCGCCUGUUACAUAUAUAUUUUUGAACCUACAUCACAAUCGGCCGUUGGGACGACUAACAUCGUUAACCUUGAAAGCUAGAACUAUACUGAAAGCUAGAACUAUAUUGAUUUAAUGGCCAAAUCGUCUCCGCCUUGACUAGUCCAGGCAAAGGAAGAAGAAGGCAUUGUUUCAGUUUGAUGAAAAAUCUGGGGCAAAUUUGGCCGUUGUCAGCACUAAAUGGUUGACGCCACUCAAGAAAGAAGUUUUCUGGCCACCAUAUAAAAACGUAUCAAGUUUUAACAAAGCGUUAAAAAAACAUGAAGAUGUUAAUGAAAAUAAAUGGACAUUAUACAAUGUACAACGAAUUUUUUAUGAAACAGACAACAUAGAAGUAGCGCAAAAAAAAGGAAAAGAAGCGGAAAACACGAGUGAUUUAUAUACGGAUGUAGACUGUAAUACAAUAAGUAAAAGAAAACGGCAACCACCACGACGUCUCUAUGAUUCUAAUCAACUGAGGAAAGCCAACCAAUUUUAAAUUUUGAACGUCCACCUCCUAUAAAAAGGAUUAAUUUUAAUAACCACUUUGCGAACAAUGAAGUUUCAGUGCCAACUACAUCAAAUGAAAAAGAUUCUUCUCAAUAUAUCAAUAUUAUACCAGACAUUUUAACACCAAGAACGUUGAAUAGUAAUGAAUUGGAUGAAGGAGCAAUUGGAAAUAAAAUGUUAAAUAUUCUAAUUACUAUUAAGGAACAAAAUAAUCAAAUAUUAGCUCAUAUAAGGAAUACUCAACAAACAAGAAGUGUUGUCACUUUUACAUUACCAGAAAAUUUACCUCUUCAUCUACCAUUAAAAACAAGUGAAGAUGUCAAUCUGUUAGAAGAAUAUAUUAAUGACGAAACUAAUUGUUCUAAUUUGUGCUCAUUUCUGUCCAGUUUGGGAGGUCGAGACAUUACAAACAAAACUAAUAAAAUCUUAAAGCAAUUGCUUACCGAUGAUUUAUGUAAAAAUUAUAGUUUUUAUGGAAAACGAUUGGGAAAAAAAUCUUUCUCCACCUUAUUGAUGAAAAAUAUGGUUAUAAACGCAGUUAAAGCUACAACACCAGGGGCUACCAAUCAAGCUAUUGAAGAUUCAAUUAAAGUCUGGUUGAAACACGCUCCUCAACGUAUAAAGAAGAAAUCUAAUUAAAUUAAAAUGUCUGUGAUGUUAUCUAGAAAAUCUUGCGUUGGAAAACAACAAUUAUAUCGAAGAAUUACCAACGAAAAAGUAAAAUUGUUAAAAGAAUUAAUGGUGUCAAAUUCUCAGGAAUAUAAUGAAGUAAAAAAUGUUAAUGAAAAAGAACAGCAGUAUGAGAGACGUAAAGAAAUAAUAUUAGAUGAUGCUAUUAACAAUACUAUUGACACCAACACUAAUACUACUGAUAAUACUAUUGACACUAACAUUUGUGAUAAUAAUCAUAUUUCAAAUCAGUUUUCCUUAGUUUCAAGUUUUGAUUUUAAAAGUGUAAUUAAUAAUACAAAAGGUGAAAGCACAUCUCAUUCUAAUUUUCGUGAAUUGAUAAAAUACUGGGCUAUUAUAAAACAUAAUAUAACUCACUCAGCCUUAACUGAUCUUUUGCAUAUCUUACAUGGGUUUCAUCCUACAUUACCCUUAGACUCUAGAACUUUAGACUCUAGAACUCUAGACUCUAGAACUUUGUUACAAACUCCACUUACUAUCAAUAAGAAAAAAUUAGACACAGGAGAAUACUGUCAUAUUGGUUUAACACAGAGCUUACGACAUAUUUCUAAAUUUCAUGUUGGAACUACUAUCGAGCUUAGUUUCAAUAUAGAUGGUCUUCCUUUAUUUAACAGUACAAAUAAACAUUUAUGGCCUAUUUUAGGUAUGGUAAAAAAUAUGCAAAUACCUCCAUUUGUUAUAGGAAUCUUUUAUAGCAAAUCUAAACCAUAUCCUUUACAUUUAUAUUUAACAGAUUUUGUAGAAGAACUUUCCAUUUUGUUAGAAGAUGGACUUAAGGUAAAUGACAGAUAUUUUAAAAUAAAAAUUCAUACUUUUAUAUGUGAUGCUCCUGCCCGAGCUUAUAUUAAACAAAUUAAAAAUCAUAACGGAUAUUCUUCUUGCGAAAGAUGUGAAGAAGGUGGUGAAUAUGUAGAGGGACGUAUUAUUUUUAAAAGUACUUAUGCAGUCAGAAGAACAGAUGAAUCAUUUCUUUCACAACGAGAUGAAGAUCACCAUAUUGGUGUUUCACCUCUUCUUCAAUUAAAAUGUGGAAUGGUUACACAAUUUCCCACUUGAUUAUAUGCACGCAGUGU